AGCCCGGGAGAACGCGAUGAAGAUGAUGAGCUCCCCUUGGGCUCGCUUCUACUCCAACAGCUGCUGCUUGUGCUGCCAUGUCCGCACCGGCACCAUCAUCCUGGGCAUCUGGUACUUGAUCAUCAAUGCCGUGGUACUGCUGAUUAUCUUGAGCGCCUUGACAGACCCUGGCCAGUAUCACUUAACGACUGCAGAAUUAGGUGGUGACUUUGAAUUUAUGGAUGAUGCCAAUAUGUGUAUUGCUACCGCAAUUUCUCUUCUCAUGAUUCUCAUCUGUGCCAUGGCCACGUACGGUGCAUAUAAGCAACAUGCAGCUUGGAUCAUCCCCUUCUUCUGUUACCAAAUCUUUGAUUUUGCACUCAACACCUUGGUUGCUAUCAGCAUCCUUGUUUAUCCAAACACAGUUCAGGAUUACUUGAGGCAACUGCCAGCAAAUUUUCCUUACAAGGAAGAAAUUAUGUCUGUGAAUUCAACCUGCCUACUAGUCAUUAUUCUUCUUUUUAUCAGUAUCACCCUGGCUUUUAAGGCUUAUCUGAUCAGCUGCGUAUGGAACUGCUACCGAUACAUUAAUAACAGAAAUAACUCCGAUGUCCUGGUCUACAUUACUACUAAUGACACAGCGGUGCUGUUGCCACCUUAUGAUGAUCCUGCAAACGGCACUGCCAAAGAUCCACCCCCACCCUAUGUGUCUGCAUAAGCACCUUUCUGAAACGUCCUAAGAACAAAUAGCUUUACCUGUCACACCUGAGCAAUAGAUCCUUUCGUUUUCAAGGUGGAUGUAUAA